ACAGAUGGGACCUGGCAGCCUGUUCCUGUGGGGAAGGAAAGUCCAAAUUCUUCGAUCUCUGAACUCUGCGUUGCCCUCGAAUGUUGGAGCAGCUGUUGUUGUAGCCCACAAGAAAUCAGCCAUGGAUUUCAGUUCUUCUCCUUCCAAGACCAUUUCCGUUUUCUCCACCAUUCCUCUGCCGCCGCCGGCCGCCGACGCCGUCGAUGGCUCCGGCAAUCCCGCUUCGUCGCGGAAACCCAUCAGCCUCUGGCCGGGUAUGCACCAUUCGCCGGUGACGACCGCUCUUUGGGAAGCCAGGUCCAGCAUCUUCGAAAGGCUGCUCGAUCCCCCCAAAGACGCGCCGCCGCAGAGCGAACUGCUCACCAAGACGCCCUCCCAGAGUCGGACCAUCGUUAUCUACAAAUUCUCUUCUGAUUUCAUUCUCAGGGAGCAGUAUCGAGAUCCAUGGAACGAGGUCAGAAUCGGAAAGCUGCUUGAAGAUCUUGAUGCCUUGGCUGGCACCAUCUCCGUCAGACACUGUUCUGAUGUUGAUAGCACUACACGGCCACUUUUGGUGGUAACUGCAUCUGUCGACAGGAUUGUUUUGAAGAAGUCAAUUAGUGUUGAUGCUGAUCUGAAAAUAGUUGGUUCAGUCAUAUGGGUUGGACGAUCAUCAAUUGAGGUUCAGUUAGACAUGAUCCAGUCUACAGAAGAAUGCUCAAACACCUCAGAUGCAGUGGCUCUGACAGCGAACUUCAUAUUUGUGGCUCGUGACUCCCAGACUGGGAAAGCUGCUUUGGUUAACAGGCUUUUGCCAGAAACUGAGGAAGAAAAAUUACUUUACGAGGGAGCGGAAGCCAGAAGUAAAUUAAGGAAAAGGAAGAACAGAGGUGAUAUGUGGGAGUUAGAAAAUGGGGACAUAAAUAGACUUGAUGCCUUGUUAGCAGAGGGAAGAAUCUUCUGUGACAUGCCAGCCUUGGCAGACAGAGACAGCAUUCUUCUCAGGGAUACUGGCCUUGAGAACUCAUUGAUUUGUCAACCACAACAAAGAAAUAUACAUGGUCGGAUUUUCGGGGGGUUUCUGAUGCAACGGGCAUUCGAAUUGGCUUUCUCAACAGCUUAUGUAUUUGCUGGAAUGGUGCCUUACUUUCUAGAAGUUGAUCAUGUUGAUUUCUUAAAACCUGUGGACGUUGGAGACUUUCUACGCUUCAAAUCAUGCGUUCUUUACACGGAAGUCGAAAAUCCAGAUCAGCCAUUGAUCAAUGUUGAAGUUGUUGCCCAUGUUACGAGGCCUGAGAUUAGGUCUAGCGAGGUUUCAAACACAUUCUACUUCACUUUUACCGUGCGCCCUGAGGCAAAAGCAAACCGAAAUGGGUUCAGACUUCGCAACGUCGUUCCAGCAACAGAAGAAGAAGCUCGCCGUAUUAUCGAGCGCAUGGAUGCCGAAAAGCUGCUGAGGGACUUGAGCAAGCAAUCUGAAUCAGGUCAGAUGUAGACAGCAAACACAGUUUAUCUUAGAAAAUUAUUGUAGAAUAUUUGUGAAGAAAAUUAAUCUUAUUCAAUAGGUGUGAGUAUGGCUGAAGAAAAGUAAAUCAAAUUAUGUAUUGGAGUACUGAUGGUUUCACUUUAGUGAUAAAUAUCUCAUCUUAUUGGAGCUCAAA